AUGCAUUUCACCACUGCUGCUCUCCUGGCCCUUGUGCCCGCUGCCCUCGCGGCCCCCGCUGCCGAGCCCGUCCAAAAGCGCGCUCCCAUCAUCAGCGCCCGUGCUGGCCAGGUCAUCCCCAACAAGUACGUCAUCAAGCUCCGCGACAGCGCCGCCGAGGGUGCCCUCGAUGCCGCCCUCAGCGCCCUGAGCAAGAUCAAGGCCGACCACGUCUACCGCGGCAAGUUCCGGGGCUUCGCCGGCCACCUCGAGGCCGACCUCCUCGAUGCCGUCCGCCUGCUCCCUGAGGUUGAGUACGUGGAGGAGGAUGCCAUCUUCACCAUCCAGUCGGCUGUCAGCCAGGACAACGCCCCGUGGGGCCUUGCCCGUCUCUCCAACAAGCAGCCCGGCUCGACCACCUACACCUACGACGACUCCGCUGGUGAGGGCACCUGCGCCUUCGUGAUCGACACCGGUAUCGAGGUCGACCACCCUGAGUUCGAGGGCCGUGCUACCUGGGCCAACAACUUCGCCGACAGCGACGACACUGACGGCAACGGCCACGGCACCCACGUUGCUGGCACCAUCGGCUCCAAGAGCUACGGUGUGGCCAAGAAGACCAAGCUGUUCGCCGUCAAGGUGCUCGGCUCCGACGGCUCCGGCAGCACUUCGGGCGUCAUCGCCGGCAUCAACUACGUCGCCGAGAACGCCUCGCAGCAGGACUGCCCCGCCGGCAGCGUCGCCAACAUGUCGCUCGGCGGCAGCUACUCCGGCUCCAUCAACCAGGCCGCCGCGGCCCUCGUCGACGCUGGCGUGUUCCUGGCCGUCGCUGCCGGCAACGAGGACACCAACGCCUCCAGCUCCUCCCCGGCCUCCGAGGCGUCCGUCUGCACCGUCGGCGCCACCGAGAGCGACGACUCCAAGGCCAGCUACUCCAACUACGGCUCUGUCGUCGACAUCCAGGCCCCCGGCACUGACAUCCUGUCCACCUGGAUCGGCGGUGAGACCAACACCAUCUCGGGUACCUCCAUGGCCACCCCGCACAUCACCGGUCUCGGUGCCUACCUGCUCGCCCUCGACGGCCAGAAGAGCCCGGCUGAGCUCUGCAACUACAUCAAGACCACCGGCCAGUCCGGCCUCAUUACCGGCCUCCCCAGCGGCACCACUGACCGCCUGGCCUUCAACGGCAACCCUGACGCUUAA